AUGAAGCCAUGCCUGAAAGGCCACAAUACUUCUUCAAAGCAGGCUGCAAAAAAGAAAAAAAAAACAUCUGAAAUGGAUAGUGAAGUUGCAAUACUCAAAGAGGUUGACUUCAACGAUGUGGACAACACAAGGAAAAAUAUGGCUGCUAAGAUGGCAACUAACAGUGAACAAGUGGCUAAUAACAUGGCAACUAAAAAGGAUACGCAAUUAGAAUAUGAAUCAGAUUGUUCUAGAGAGUUGAAGAGUGAGAGUGAAUUUGAAGAUGAAGAUGGUUGCAGGAGGAAUAAAAAGACUAAAUUUGCUGUUUUCAAUGAGAAAACUGAUAUGAGAAUUCCAAAUUUUAAAGUAGGCAGAGUCGUUGAAAACUCAAAGAAGGAAGAAUUGAAUAAAGAGAUGGGGAAGAGCAGUAGUAAUGAUGAUGAACGCCGUCUUGAUUAUUCGGUUGCGGAAGUAGAGAGGAUCAGAUUGGAGGAGGAGGAAAAAGAAAGGAAACUCAGGCGAAAUCUUUCCACUUUCUUGAAACUUCUUGCUGAAAAAGAACAGAGGAAUCAUCAAUGGACAAUGGUUUUGCUGAAACCCCAAUCGAAGAGACUGAGAUCACCCAGCGAAGAAAAUAGUACUGAUCAUCAAGAAAUAGAGAUGCCGCGUUCCAAGAAAGCAAAAAGUAAGCCUGGAUAUCCUGAUGGACCAUCAAAAUCAACUAUCAACACUGAUGUGAACACGCAUUUCAGUAGGCUGCUGGUGCCAUUUAAGCAGAUCAAGAGUGGGUUUCUGACUCCUGAGGAGCAGGCUCGUUUUUGGGAUCCUAACCAGAAGUUUGGAAUUGAUGCCAUUUUUGUUGAUCCAUCCCUUGAUGAAGGUAGAAUGAACCUGAGACGAUGGGAGAUGGGUAAAAAAGAUGGUAAAAUAAGUUACAACUUUGCAUUGAUCUCUAACUGGAUUAAGGUUGUGGCGAAGAAUGAACUGAGACAACUGUGGGCAUUUAGGAGGGAUUUACAGCUUGGAUUUGCUUUAAUUUUAGUUUGA